AUGUCCGACAGAGAAGCCUUGAAGAUUUUCUCCAGACAGCCUGUGUCCCAGGAAAUGAUCCAGUUCUUGGUUGCUACUACUUCAUCCAUAAUCCAGGUCAAGGGAAGCAAACCUCAAUAUACCAUAGUGCCCAGCCACGGUGCCACCUCUACAUCCACCAUGCUUGUAUCUCCUGUUUCAAAGAGUUCUUCGUUGGUUGUCUUCAUCAAGAACUUGAUCAAGUACUCCAACGUUCAGACACCAACCUUGAUGGCCACUUUGGUGUACCUCAACAAGUUGAGGAACAUUCUUCCAGCCAACGCAGUUGGUAUGGAAACCACGAGACAUCGUAUCUUCUUGGCUGCUCUCAUUUUGAGUGCCAAGUCGUUGAACGACUCUUCUCCAUUGAACAAGCACUGGACUAAGUACACCGACGGCUUAUUGACUAACGACGAGGUCAACAUGGCCGAACGUGAGUUGAUCAGCUUGUUGAAGUGGAAUGUCUCCGUCAAAGAAGACGAACUUAUCAUUGCAUUACAACCAUUCUUGGCCUCGAUCAAGCAUGCUCUUCAGAAGCAAGCCGAAGACGAAAUAGUUCUCAGAACAAACUAUUACAGGGCCUCAAACGCUUAUUCAAAGCACUACUACGCCAUGUCUUCUCCAGAGACCACUGCAUCUUCUCAGAUGUCUUCUCCAGGAUCGUCUACAUCGAGAUCCACUUCCAGCCAUUCCAUUGCAUCUUACAACUCAAGUUUAUCUUUAGCUAACUCUCACUCUCUCCGGUCGUUUCCAAGUGCCCAUUCUUCCUACAAUAACUUGUCUAGUAUAGUGCAAGAUGAGGAGGUGGACUACUCGCAGCAUCCAAAGAAGAGAAUGCCAUUGUCAGCCAAGUCGUCGAACUUCUUGAACGUACCUUCUUCAUAUGAGAAACAACACAAACCGCAUUCCAAGGUUAGCAAGAGUUCAUCGCACGGCUCAUCUUUUUUGAACCUUGUCAAGUCAGGUAGAAUAACUGCCUAG